AUGCCACUGCCGAUCUCUCGAAUUUCCAAGCUGAACAACUCCUGCACUGCGCUCAAUCCCCUUUUCGUCCCUCUCCCCCCACUUAUGCCCCCCACCAUCGCCAGGGCCGAGAGCACGCCCAUGCAGUUCCGCCUCACCACAGCAGGCUCAAUCGACCCGCCGGUUGAAGUGACUCUGGGUAAGCCUGAGCUGCUGGUUGGGGUUCCUGCUGGAAGGUUCCAGGCAGGGAUCAACGGCGAUAAGCUCAAAGGAGGCGCCAUGUUCGCUGUCUCUUCCAAUGACGAGUACAAGCUCUACGUGACCAUCGUGCUGCUCUACCGGGGCACCCUGAAGCCAGCAGCAACGCUCGCCGUCGUCAACGCCACGUCAGCUCAAACCACCAAGAUCCUGCUGGACUGCACGUGGACGCAGCCCAGGCCCAGCGUGCAGCUGUGCGAGUGGCUCAAUGACCUCCCUGUUACUGCCACCCCCACCCCCACACCUCCUGCUGACUCUGCCCCUACCUCCGCGCCUGACUCUUCUCCCACCUCUGCUCCUGAUUCUGCUCCUAACGUUACUCCUAACACUGCUCCAAACUCUGCUUCUGACUCUUCUCCUAACUCUCCUGAUUCUGCUCCUGACUCCCCUUUGGAUGCGGCCAAGAGCAUGCGUGCGGUGGCCUUUCCAGGCUCGCUCACGGUGGUGGCCCUGCCAGUCAUGAACAUAGUGGUCAAGGCGGUGUACAAGAUGCAGGUGGGGUCGGAAGGGGGGGAUUCUGCUGAAGCCGUGCUGCACUAUGCGCAGUGA